UGUCUACGCGUGCGCGGCUGGGCUGGAGCGCAGCGCACGCGCAAUGCGGCCCGGCAGCUGUGAGGGGACGCGGUGGACGGGUGGACGGGGCUGGCGGAGCGAUUUGGUUUCCUGUCCGGGGGCUGCUGCGAUGCGUCGUCGCCUGUGAAGGGGAGGCGGAAGCAGGGACGCCAUGAACUUGAGGGGCUUGUUUCAGGAUUUCAACCCUAGCAAAUUCCUUAUCUACGCCUGUCUGCUACUAUUCUCAGUUCUGCUUUCUCUCCGUUUGGAUGACAAGAUUCAAUGGAGCUACUGGGCAGUAUUUGCUCCAAUAUGGCUGUGGAAGUUGAUGGUCAUUGUUGGUGCCUCAGUAGGAACUGGAGUAUGGGCACGAAACCCACAGUACCGAGCAGAAGGAGAAACGUGUGUGGAAUUCAAAGCCAUGCUAAUUGCAGUAGGCAUCCACUUGUUACUGCUGAUGUUCGAGGUGCUCGUCUGCGAUGGGAUUGAGAGAGGAACCCGCUUCUGGCUCCUCGUCUUCAUGCCACUGUUUUUUGUGUCUCCGGUGUCGGUUGCAGCUUGCGUGUGGGGCUUCCGGCAUGACCGAUCUCUGGAGCUGGAAAUCCUGUGUUCUGUCAAUAUUCUCCAGUUCAUAUUUAUUGCACUCCGACUAGAUGAAAUUAUCAAGUGGCCUUGGCUUGUUGUCUGUGUCCCUCUGUGGAUCUUGAUGUCCUUUCUCUGCCUGGUUGUACUUUAUUAUAUCGUCUGGUCUGUCCUUUUCUUACGGUCAAUGGAUGUGAUUGCUGAGCAACGGAGAACACACAUAACGAUGGCCAUCAGUUGGAUGACGAUUGUCGUUCCAUUACUCACCUUUGAAAUCCUGCUGGUGCAUAGACUAGAUGGACAUAACACGUUCUCAUAUAUACCCAUAUUUGUUCCGCUUUGGCUAUCAUUGAUCACAUUAAUGGCAACAACAUUUGGACAGAAAGGAGGAAAUCAUUGGUGGUUUGGAAUUCGCAAAGAUUUCUGCCAGUUCCUGCUUGAAAUUUUCCCUUUCCUAAGAGAGUACGGCAACAUUUCUUACGAUCUGCAUCAUGAAGAUAAUGAGGAAACAGAAGAAACUCCUGUUCCAGAACCUCCCAAAAUAGCGCCAAUGUUUCGGAAGAAGACUGGGGUAGUCAUUACCCAGAGUCCUGGGAAAUAUGUUAUACCACCUCCCAAGCUAAACAUUGAUAUUCCGGAUUAAAAAUGGACUUUGAAACAAUGUGGUGCGUGGCUAGGAUUGGCUCCUCCCAUUCGACCAUAUCUGAGAGUUGGUGGCCAACCCGUUUUAUCUCAUGCCUUGUUCUAAUUGGUUUAUGGAUAGAGAGUCUUGUGCUUUAGUGGCUUGUAAUAUAGAGAAUGGAGAUUUUCUUUAAUAUAAUUUCUCUGAGAGUUGUCAUAUAUUUGCAUAUAAAAUGUCAAGCAGGUCUCAAUGAGUGCAAUGCUUAAAGUGUGUGUCACAGAUGGAAAGUAUCGGAUCUCUGUUUAUGAACUUUAAUUUUAUGCUCAGCUGUGAGCAUUGAACCUGUAUAGUGUUUGUUAGUAACACAAUUCAGGUUUUCCGGAAGUACAGUUCAGCAUUUGAAAUACUAUCUUCAGAAGCUUCAAUCCUGUCCACAUGUAUGCCUGGGCAAGUCCUCCUAGAUUUGGAGGCCCUUGUGCACAUGACCCUGUGGCCUGAGCUGCAGCCACAGUGUGACGAGAGGAGAGGGUGGUUUGAUCUGUGAACCUCCCUGCUUGGUUGGAUUUAAGCUUGCCUGUAUAGUAUUUAUAUGAACUUCUGGCAAUGUAAUAUAUUUUUAAAAAGAAAAUCUGUACAGUAUAAAUAUGUAAAAGUAUUUUUUUAAAGGCUGUAUGAAAUGCGUAAUCUAUUGUGAACAACAUCUCGUUGUGUUAAUCUGUACACUUGGCUUCUAUUUAUGCUAAAGUACCAUAGCCCCAUGGUAUUGCAUUGGCAUGCUCUUGCCUCUUUGUUUCCCUAGAACUUUGAAACCGCUGUGUUUCAAGCAUGUCCUCAGGUAGGACUUGAAGGUUCUCCCUCUGUUGAAUGGGUCAAAUGACCUCAAUAAAGGUAUGUAAAUUAUUGUGUAAAUGACCAUAAUCUUUAUGCUGUCUAGAGGGCAGUGAGGAGACUUUUUAAAGUUGCUUUUCCACUUUUCUUUUAAAAGGUUACUUAUUGUUUGGUAGUAUCUAUUUCUCAUUCUCCUACUUCUUGGCUGUUCAAUAAAAUAUCCUCCUGCA